UUGCUAGUAGCAGCUAGACCAAAGGCUAAGUAACACUCGGUGUGGAAACAGCUUGCAAUUCUAUUUAUUUAUUUAAACAUAAGCCAAAAGGCAAGGACUAAGAGCUAUUAUAAAUCUGCAUAGAUUUGAGAGAAUUAUCAUUAUACAGCUUUGAGCUUGUCCCGCAGCCUCAGCCAUCCAAGCAGCUCAACAGUGCCCCCUAUGGCUGGGUGGAUGAGUAAGGAAAAGGAAAGGCCGCAAAAGCCUGUCGCUCCGAAAGCGGAAGUGCUGUCUCACUUUACGGCGCCGGCGGCGGCGAUUUACGGCCUUCUGCCAGACCGCGGAUCCGCACGUGGGGGUUCCGUGGCCUCUGGGACAACAAGCAGGAAAAGGGUUUCGUGGGUGGUGUGAGGUGAUUUUUUUUUUCCCUCUCUCGAUGGCGGCUACGGAAGAGGACGAGCCAUCGAAGAAUGAAGUCUCGCCCAUUAGCGAUCAUGAAGAGGAGCAGGAGGCUGAUGAUGAAGAGACAACAAAGAAACACCGUCAACUUGUGGACACGCUCAGUGCUUUAUCUGGAGGGAAGAGGCGACGAGCAGCUGAGAGGUCUGAGGCAAGCAGGCAUAUCUCUGAAUUCGAUGUUGGUGGAGGUGCUGAUGACAAAGUGCUCCUCUCGGAGUUGCUGCAGCCGGCCUCUGCCUUGUCGGCUCUGCGCCCCAUCCGGAAACAGUUGAACAAAGCCCAGCAGAAGAAGGCUGUUGAACUCCCAUUGAGCAAGGAGGAGAGUGAGCGGGUCGUGAGGGAAGCUGCCUACACACAAACAUCCCAAGCACUGGCCAAAUGGGACCCCGUGGUGCAGGAAAACAGGCGUGCUGAGCAGUUGAUCUUCCCACUGCAACAGGAAAGUGUGGCCGUCGCACCUAUUGAGGAAGUGAUCAGCAGUUGGCAGGCACGUACGCCCCUCGAGCAGGAGAUCUUCAGUCUCCUCCACAAAGCGAAACAGCCGGUGAAGGAUCCCCUCCUGACGCCCCAGGAGAAGGCCUCGCUGCAGGCCAUGAGCCUGGAAGAGGCUCGGCUGCGCCGGAUGGAACUCCAGAGGGCUCGGGCCCUGCAGUCCUACUAUGAGUCUAAAGCACGGCGUGCGCGGAAGAUCAAGAGCAAAAAGUACCACAAAGUGCUUAGGAAAGGAAAGAGACGCAAGGUGCUUCAGGAGUUUGAGAUGCUGCAGAAAACCAACCCACAAGCCGCUCUGGAGGAGCUGGAGAAGAUGGAGAAAGCACGGAUAGCGGAGAGAAUGAGCCUGAAACACCAGAACAAGGGCAAGUGGGCCAAAUCAACCGUGAUCAUGGCAAAAUAUAACUUAGAGGCCAGGCAGGCCAUGCAAGAGCAGCUGGCCCGAAACAAGGAGCUGACACAGAAAGUGCCCCUGGGGUCAGAGAGUGAGGAAGGGGGCAAUGAUUCUGGAGCUGAGGACGGUCUUGUCCCAGAUGUUGUGAACGAUGGUGGGAUGGAUCCAGACAACCCCUGGAUGUUGGGGAAGAGUCCCACAGAGUCCAAGGAGAACAGGCUAGCUCCAUCCCAAGAGAGCGCAGAGAGUGAAGCAGAGGAUGGACCAGCCGUGACGGAGGAGGAAGCGUUGCUGCAAAGUUUUGCUGAACGCCGGCGGGAUCUACAAGACCGUGUUCAGCCACAAGGUCCCAGUGGAGAGCCAAGGGUGCCCAUAGGGCGUCCUGCGUCUGGACCAGCACCUCCAUCUCCUGUAUCAGAGGGACCCUUCCUGCAGGAGAGGUUAGAGCGCCUUCGCACUUUGGAGGAUGUGGACGCUCUGGUGUCAGAGGACGUCUCCCACGCAGAAGACGAAGAGCCCCCGGUCCAGGAGCCCAAACUGUGUCGGCCUGAGAAAGCCGAGCCGCCACCGCAGAUGGAGGGGCCCCUGUCACCGACCCCCGGCAAAAAGAGCGCCAAGCGCAAGGCCCUGAUUGACUUGAAGGCCGUCCUGGCGGAGGUGCCUCCGUCCCCGCAGUGCCCGCUGGUGCCGACUGCUGUACAGGAUGAGCUGGAGACAGGCACCGACCAACGACAGGUCAUCCAGGAAGCCUUUGCCACCGACAACGUUGUGGCGGACUUCAUGAAAGAGAAGCACCGGGCGGAAGAGGCCGGUAAACCCAAGGCUGUCGAUCUCGUCCUCCCAGGAUGGGGCGAGUGGGGAGGCACAGGGCUGAGGCCAAGCAUGAAGAAGAAGAAGAGGUUCCUUCUCAAGCCGGCACCCACACCGCCAAGGAAGGACAAACAUCUGCCGCAUGUGAUCCUGAGUGAACAGCGCAAUAUUUUAGCUGCAGCUCAUCAGGUCAACCACCUCCCUUUCCCCUUUGAGAACACCCAGCAGUUUGAACGCAGCCUCCAUGCACCUGUGGGUUCCACUUGGAACACCCGGCGUGCUUUUCAGAAGCUGACAGCUCCCUCUGUAAUCACACAUCCUGGUCACAUCAUCCGCCCCAUCAGUGCUGAGGAUGCCAACCUGCCCCCUAAGGUGGAUCAGAGAAAUGACACAGGGGAGAAACCAGAUUUGGAGCUGACUGUCUCUCCCCAGAAGCAUCAGCUUCGCAGCAUUUCAGAGAAGAAGAAGAAAAAGAAGAAGAAGGCCAGGUAGACCUAGGUCUACUCUGGCUGUGUUGUUAUGGGCCCUGCUCCUUAACUCAGCCUCCCCAUGCACACACAUCUCAUGCCUUCCAGAUGUUUUGAACCUCUACUCCCAGACAGCAUAGCCAUAAAAAUAGGUAGGCAUGCUGGAAAUGGUAUCCCAAAACAUCAGAUAAAGAAAGUCUACCUGAGCCAGCCUGGGGUCUUGUUAAGGCCUUCUGCCUCAAACUAAUCCGCUGGAUAUUCUCUGGUGACGUUGCUUAGGGAAAGUAGUCUCCAUACCUGCAGAGGGUACUGGGGGAAGCUGUUCUAAAGCUGUUUUCAUUCUCUGCUGUUGGUUUCCUUUUCUGAGUGUCUCAAAGUUGCAAGGGGAUGAUGGUGGUUAGAAAGGACUUGGGGUCCUCUCAAGCCUUCCCACCAACUUCAGAUCUCCAGGUUUGCUGGUUGGUUUGUUUUUUUGAGCAAGAGAAAACAGGCUUGAUUGCCCUUUUAGACAUUUCCUCUUUAGACUUGGGUGGAAGGGGUGAAGGCAAAGAGUAUCCCUUCCGGGCAUGCGGGAUUUCUCACUGCAAGUCCCAUGGAAGGAAUGAGUGCAAAAGUACCAGAUUUAUAGACAAGUACUUUUAAUUCCAGGCUAGGUUUUAAACUCGGGUGGUUUCUGGGGGCAGCUUCCUCCUUUAGGGCAAAUCAAGAGGAUGGCCUACUCCCCACCAUGCAGUUAAUCCUGAAAGGGAUUUUUUACAUUCUGUAAAAACACACACACAUACCCCAGUUUUGGAGAUGCCUCAGAGAGGAGGGUCAGCUCCUGGGCGACAUUUUCCGUAACGAUGAACUCUCUAUAGCAGGACCGUUGAGGGAAGAUUUACUAUAAGGAAGUCUUCUCCCUCUAGGGCAUUUCCUCACCCUUAGCCCCUUUUUAAUUUAAAAUAGAGGGAAACAAAUGACCAAUAUCGUCACCACGCGCGGUCAGGCCCUUUGGACCCACCCUCCAGAAAUGGCCGGUCCACUUCACACUCGCAGUGUGCACAGCCGUGGGCGUUCACACUUCAACAGUCCUGGAGGCAGGAUGGCUGUGUGCCCCCGCGCUGCAAGGAGUAAGGGGACCAGCGGGUUCUCGGGGUUGGGUCCAAAGGGCCAUUGGUGGUGUCCAUGUUCGUAUUUGUCCCCCAGAGAGACAAAUAGGAAUAUCCCAUCUCUUUAAAAUUCUCCAACC